AGACUGGCCGCCGUGCCGGGCGCUCUGAUUGGAUGAGCCGGAGCCACAGGAAGCAGCGCCGUGCCCGCCGAUUGGUUGUCGUUCUCUUUGUGUGCGGGCAGCUGGCGUCUGGGCUGCAUUUUGAAUGGUCUCGUAUUGGAAGGCGAAGGUGUCCAUGGGCAGCACAGCAACAAAGGAGCCAGGAUGGUGUUAGUGCACGUCGGAUAUCUGGUUCUUCCCGUCUUCGGUUCCGUCAGAAGUAGAGGAGCACAUUUUAACCGGCACCAGCAUAGUCAUGCUACCUCCUGUCGGCAUUUUCACCUGGCUGCUACAGCAACGCCUCUGCCUGCUGAGUUCCCGCCCCCUCAUCUGGCCCCGCCCCCAUUCCAGGAAGUCCCGCCCCCUUUCCUACCUCAGGCCUUACAGCAGCAAUACCUCAUCCAGCAACAGCUACUGCAGCGCAGACGCACACAGGAGCGAGUCCCGCUGAACACGCAUCGGUUACGCCCAGGAUAUGAAUAUGCUCCGCCCCUCCAUGUCCCACAGCCAAUCCCACAGCAGCCCAGAUACCUGGCGGAAGGCACCGACUGGGACCUGAGCGUGGACGCAGGUGUGCCACAUCAGUAUCCUCUGCAGCAGAUCCCUCAACCCUACCAGCAUUACCUGGCCUCUCCCAGAAUGCACCACCUCCCCAGGAACACCUCCUCCACCCAGGUGGUUGUCCAUGAGAUAAGGAAUUAUCCAUAUCCACAGCUCCACCUGCUGGCGCUGCAGAGCUUGAGUCCCAGCAGACACUCUUCUGCUGUUCGAGAGAGUUAUGAGGAGCUGUUGCAGUUAGAGGAUCGAUUGGGAAGCGUCAGCCGAGGGGCCGUGCAGACCACCAUAGAGAGAUUCACCUUCCCGCACAAAUACAAGAAGCGGAAGCCGCUGGAUCUGAAGUUAUGUGAGAGUGAGGAAGAGUCUGAUGUGGAUGAGAAAUGCACCAUCUGCCUCUCCAUGCUGGAGGAUGGAGAAGAUGUCAGGAGGUUACCCUGUAUGCAUCUGUUCCAUCAGGCGUGUGUGGACCAGUGGUUGGCCACCAGUAGGAAGUGUCCCAUCUGCAGAGUGGACAUCCAAACACAGCUCACACCCGAGAGCUGAAAUAACACGCAUUAACAAAUAACUCACACACACAUGCUCUCUUUCGCUCUUAUAAAUCCACAGACAUUUCCAUCCACACACACACUGUAUAUUACCUACACACAUGUGUAUGAGCCAUCCAACACACACUAAACACACACUCACAUGCUUUACUGAGCCAGUGACAAUAACUGACACUACACACACUCACACACACACACGCUGGUAGAACUUACUAAAGGGUCUGUCGCAAGGAGUGAUUCUGUCCGUAGGGAAAUGGUGUGUGUCCGUAGCAUGUGUGUGUAUUUGUGCAAUUCCUUAAGCCAUGAACUUUACUAAAGACCCUCAGCUUGCAUACAAUACACACACACACACUUACACACUAAUUAUAAUAUAUACACAAUGAAGCGGAUAAGACACUGUCAAAUCUAGCUGCUGGAGUGGGUGUGUGUGUGUGUGUGUGUCCACUGUAUUUCUGAUCUGCAAUACUGCUUUAGUCUUACACACUGGAGCUACUUCGGCUUGCGUGUGUGCGUAUGUACGCUUGUUCACCAUUUUGGUGCGCGUGUAUCGUAUGUGUGUUCAUAUUUUCAUGGGUCAUUGGGUUAGCGAUGCACGACAGUGCAUGUAAAGAAGCCAAAAAAAAGAACACAAAAAACACAAAAGCAACUCAUUUCUGAGACAGCAGGAGGAGGGCUGUUGUCUUACACUCAAAAAAACAACAAAGUAGGCGGAGAAUGUCGUGAUUGGUGGAUUCGUGUAGAUAGGCGCAGUAGUAGUUGCAUGCAUCUGUGCUUGGGUUGUUGUUUCAAGGUACACCUGGGUGUGUGUGUGUGAGUGAGUGAGAAUGCAUGAAUGUGUAUUAGCUCCUUUAAGCUGUGACGAUCUGUAACAUUAUCAGACUCAUGUAGCGAGCGUGUGAGUGUGUGUGAGAGAGACCCUGCCAUGACCUUUGACCCUAAAUGCCUACUGAAAAAAGCACAUGUGAGCAUAGCUAAAGUGCCCGGCCUCACUCUGGUGCUGCGCUGCCAUGGUUACUGUAUUUAUUAUUGGUAUUUAAAACAUGCAGUGUUUGGAGGGAGGCAGGGCUUGUGCGUGUCCAACCAUGUUCUUGUGUGACAGGUUUCCCUUCGUGGUUGCUAUGCUGGAUGCUAUGCUGUAUUGCUAGAACUACAAUGUAGAAUGUCGUGUGAUAGAGGACCAUCCGCCAACAGCACACAAGCGGGGCGAGAAGGACGAACCGGGAAUUUUUCUUAUUUGCCUCACCUAGGCCCGAAACAUACACAAGCUGUAACAGUUUUCUGCUAUUAUUAGUUUUCAGUUUCAGGUCAAAAUGUCAGAGAAUCUUGCUGAGAAAGUUAAAAUUAGCGAAACUCUUAACAUGUUUACAGCUAGCAACGUGAACAAUAGCACAUCUGGUAUAAUGGUGCAGACGCUUGAACGCCGUCGCCCACUUGAGCACUGACGUUUGCAAAAAAUGCACAUUAAAAAAGGGAAGCAUGCUGGCAAUGUGUACAUUUCUGGCCUUAUUUUUAUUUUUUAUUUUUUUGAAGCAGAAUUUGAACAAUUUACAAUUAUAUAUUAUUUUUAUAUGCAUUGUUUUUCGAAACUUCCGGUUUCAUUUGGCUUAAUAUGCAAAUUCGAACCAAAAGGCAAUUGCAACAUUUUUGAGGCUAACUUCAAUAAAAUAAAAUAAAAACUAUUCGUUUCAGCCAAUGAGCUGCAUUUUUGCCUGUGCGUCGGCUCCUCCCCCCCAGUGUUCUGUGUGCUGAUUGGUGGAUGAUGGCUCGUGUUGAUCGUUUACACAGGGUUAUGUCCGUUGAAAUGCCUUAAGUAUUUAACAAUCAUAAUUUAUUACUAACUGUAGAUAUUGUGGGUGCGUAUUUAAUUUUGUAUAGUUUCAUUUUUUGCAAUGAAAUCAUAUUUUAUUUAUUUAGAAAUAACACAAUGAUUAAAACUCUUACCUCAUGUUUGAGUUGGUUUGCGGGAAUGCUUCGCAUGCGGUUGGUCGUGUUCGUGUGUGUUUCUCCCUUUGGUGCUGUGACCUUACUGACAUUCCGCUUGCUGAUUGGUCAGACACUGCAGCGGAGUGGGAGUAUUAUGGGUUUUGAUUCGCUGUCCUGUUUGCACUCUUAGUUUUCCAAGGCCACCCUCUCACUGGCAUCAUUUUAACCACUCUGGCGACCUUUGCAACAAUCUUUCUCUUCCUUACUCUCUGUAAGUCUUUCUUACAUUGUUAAUGUUUACAUGAACUUUACCUCUCUCGUCUCAUAUUUGUGGCUAUAGUUGGCUAGUGUUGACAUGUUUACAUCCUCUACUUGCUUUCUUUCUCCUUUCUCAUGAAUUGUUUUUUUUUUCUUUUGUCUUGAACAGUCUUAAAUUGCUAAUGUUUACAUCUAAGGGUGUGGUCAAAAUCAAGUGAGCUUCCUUACAUAGGAAAUUACCUUCUCAGUCAGCAUACUAACCUAAUAAGUGGCUGUUUUGAAACGCCACAUGGGCAGCAACAAGUACACAACACACAAUAGUGUUUUAUAUUAGCAUAUUGCUAAGCUAGCAAAGUGAUAUGCAUAAAAUGUAUAGCAUGCACAAAUAUUGGUUAAAGUAGUCCAUUGUUAAUAACAUGGAACUGUUUUUAUCAAUGCAUUUGAACUAAAAUGAACUAUAUUUCUGAUUUUGCCCGCAUUCUCCACCAUUUAUUGUGGCUGAGAUUGUCACAAAGCAUUGUGUGAUAUUUUUUAUUUUUUAGAUCCUGUACAACAGCCAUCGCCUAGGCUGUGUGCAUAUGGUGUUGUCUAGCCUAGGAAGGGAGGCUCACUAGGUUUUGGAACAAGCCCAUGUCUUUUUCUCAAUCUCUCAUUCCUUGUGCCUAUUUCGGUUUUAUUCUCAAUCUCUAUCUCUGAUAUUGUAAGUCAGUCUGGAUAUGUGCAACCUCUCUCUUCAUAGUUUAUUUUGCCAGUCUUACUCUUUCUUUCUCUCUCUCUCUUUCUCCCUGUCUCAUGGCAGGGUCAGGACUAACAGAGUAUGAUAAAGCACAACAGAUUUAAAAUGCAUGUUUUUCUCAGGUUUGAAUAUAUACAUGACUAAAUAGAAAUAUACAGCUACAUAGAGAAAAUAAAAACUAGUGCAGAUGUUCUACUAAUGAUUUUAGAGGAUUGAUUUUUUUUUUUUGCUGCUGCUUGCAUUUGAAAAACAAAACCAACAAAAAAAAAGACAUUUAAUAAUAAUGUUGUCCUAAAAGUGCCAGUGACAGGGGUGCCGCGUGCUGUGGGUGUUUUUUCACUAGCGGAUUUUCUAGCAGAAUAUAGACUAUUUAUCAUUCAUAUUAAAGCAAUAGCGCCUCCUGCUGGUGUGACUGCUAGUGCGUAACUGGUUGAGUAAAAAAAAAAGUCUGUGUAAAAUGUUAGAAUUCUCUUUUGGUGGAAUUUUUGUACCUUAUUUAUUACUACUACUAAUGAUGAAUUUAAAAGUGGCUUUGCUAAAAUGUUUUUGGUUUCGUUUUGUUUUCAUUUUGUUUAAUUUCAAAGCUUGUACAUUAUCCUUUUUGUAUGUGCUCAUUUUGUAAUAAAAACUGUUGAAAUGCUUAAA